AUGACAUCACAUCCGGUUCAUUUGCAUGUCGUGAGGGUGAGGUUUAUGGUAAAACCGACAGUGCCUGAGAAACUCGAGUGUGUGUUUGAUACGGAACGGGCGUUUAAUGCGUUUCACCAGAUAGCAUCCAGACACUGUGGAGGACAAAGUUACCGAGUGGUGGUACCAGUUCGUGUUGUGUACUUAAGGAAAGGAUUCAGACAUGGCAGCCAAUAAGAAUAAGAAUCAGAGCUCGCUGGCCCUACACAAGGUCAUUAUGGUGGGCAGUGGAGGUGUAGGAAAGUCAGCACUCACACUUCAGUUUAUGUAUGAUGAGUUUGUUGAAGAUUAUGAGCCCACAAAGGCUGACAGCUACAGGAAAAAAGUGGUGUUGGACGGAGAGGAGGUGCAGAUUGACAUUUUGGACACGGCCGGGCAGGAAGACUACGCGGCUAUCCGAGACAAUUAUUUCCGUAGCGGAGAGGGUUUCCUGUUAGUGUUCUCCAUAACAGAGCACGAGUCCUUCACAGCCACUGCGGAAUUCAGGGAACAGAUUCUGCGGGUUAAAGCAGAAGAAGAUAAAAUUCCGUUGCUCGUGGUUGGAAAUAAGUCGGACCUUGAGGAUCGCAGACAGGUUUCGGUGGAUGAGGCCAGAGGUAAAUCUGAAGAGUGGGGCGUACAGUAUGUAGAGACUUCAGCCAAGACACGUGCCAAUGUGGAUAAGGUGUUCUUUGAUCUAAUGAGGGAGGUUCGAGCUAAAAAGAUGUCAGAAAAUAAGGACAAAAAUGGGAAGGGAAAAAACAAGAAGAGCAAGAAGAGUUUCAAAGAGCGAUGCUGUUUACUUUGAACUGAACUCGGACUUUCACGCCAAAUCCGCUUAAAACUCUUGAGUCGGAGCCUUUUCUUUCUUAAAAUCAAAACGUGAAUGAUGGGGUUUUGUACUUUGUUCGAGGUAAAGCCUUUAUCACAAUCAUAGUCUUUCACUCCCUCGUUUUUUAUACCUAAAUCGAGAUCAAAAGGUAUAUGAUGACCACUAUGUAUGCUGGCUACUGGUUAAAGAAGACUGUGGCACUUUAGUACUUUCAUUAAACAGUGGUCAAGAUGCUCCCAACACUAACUGUAUUAUUCCAUAAUUUAUAUUUUCUUUCAGUGUUGUGUAAAAAACAUCAGUAGUAAACAGUUAUUUUUAUUGCACACCCAUUAAGUAUUUUUUAAUAAUCAUUUUAAUUCAAUGUGGCAUCAAGAAAGCUUUUUAGAUUAAUAUGUAUGUACUGUAAAAUAAUAUUGUGACAUUCAAUUGUCUAUUAAUUCCUUGUUUAAAAGCACAUAUGCUAUUGCUUACAGAGAGCUAAUAGUGCCACCUCCUGGUUUAAAAUAAGACACCAUGUGGGAUGACAUUUUGUGCCUGCAAGUUAAUAAUCUUUGGGAACUGUUUGCCAUUAUGCUUUCGUGUUAUAUUGAAAUAUUUUUGUAGGACUUUACAUUUCCAUCACUGUCUUAUAAAAUGAAUGUAUUCAACAAAAACGUGCCAACGAAGCAUCGCUCGACUUUGUAGCAUUCUGCAACUGAAAUUGGGAAAGCGAGAUGAAUUUUAUUUUCUGUUUUUUUAGCACUCUGAUCUGGAGCUACUUUAAAACUGCUAUUUUAUAUGAAUGUCACCUGACCUAGACUGCAAUUUGCAUUGUAGUUCCCACUGGCUUUUAGAUGAGUGACUCUAAAGUAUGUUGCCAAAUAAACAUUUCUUUCUUUGUA